CAAUGAGUCACGUACCAAUCUCGUGCUGAGAAGACGACGUCUUCCUGUUCAUUCAUUUUCUCUUUUCAGAAUAUAUUAUUUUUUUAUUAUAAUUUUAAUUAUUCCCUAAGGAAAAUAUAUCAGUUAUUUCAAUAAAAAUAUUAAUGAAAUAUUUACAUUUUAAGUACACAUUCGUGGUAUCGUUCGUUGCACAAAUCAUACAUAUACUUUUAGUGAAUAUGCUAUCGAUUCACGUUGCAUCAUGAUUAUAUUUUGUUUGUAUGCAUAUGCAUGUGCGUACGAUUAAUUAGAAAAGAAUACAAAUAUUAAUUAUAUGUGAAAAAUAAAAGCCCACAAAGUUAUACUAUCUAUAAUGAUAAAAUUUGGUGAUAAAUUUAUAAGAAUUGGAUAAAAGGAAGUCCUUUUCAAAUAAUAUUUCUUAUAUCAUAAACUGUUCAUCCUUGAUAAUGCCGGUAAUACGUGUUCUCAGUAAAAUUUAAAUAUGGAAUCGAACUGUCAAAGUUCAGAUUUAAAUAUGAAACAUAUGCUUGGUCAAUUAACGGCGGCUAGAAACGAGAUUAAUAAUUUAAGGCAACAAAUAAAAAACUUACGAUAUAUGCAUGAAAAAGAUAUUAAUAAUAUUAAACGUCUCUUGGAAUUAAGUAAAAAUGGUACAACUACUUUGGAAUCCAAGAAGAUACCUCUGGAAGAGGUAAAGCCUGGUACAAGUAAUGAAGGCGAUACUUUAAAGUUGAAACCUAUUGGGAUGAUAUCUACCUGCUUUCCCAAUAAAAGAGGUGUACCACGACAGCCUGGAAUUUCUGGAAGAACGUCUGGAAAGAUAUUACUUCAUAAUUCUGUGUUUACAAAUCCUGAUCACGCGCUGCAAGGUUUACAAGAUUUUUCUCACCUAUGGAUUAUAUUUCAUUUCCAUAGAAAUGAUUCGACCCACAUUCGUGCUAAAGUGGCUCCACCAAGAUUGAACGGUAUCAGAACAGGCGUGUUUUCUACGCGUUCUCCUCAUCGACCUUGUCCUAUCGGUUUAAGUUUGGUGAAAAUAUUAAAAAUUGAUAAUUAUACCAUUUACUUUGAGGGCGUUGAUAUGGUAGAUAAAACGCCUGUAUUAGAUAUAAAACCUUAUAUUCCACAAUAUGACAAUCCAUUGCACGUAGAAAAAUUGUGCAAUAGAUUAUUAGACUUUCCUAUGAAUGAGGUGGAAUCAGUCGAGUAUAUGGAAGAAAGUAUUAAUUUAAAUCAAGAUCAGACAUCGAAUUUAAAUACCAAUAUUGGAUCCAAUAACGAUGCAAGAAAUAGACUUUCCGAUUUGUAUCUUAGAAAUGGUUCUUAUAACAUAGUACAAGAAGCAGAUGUUUCCAGAGAUGAAGAAAUUGCACUUAGAUUACAAGCAGAAGAGUUCCAAGGAUAUCCUAAUUUGGAGAAUUAUCUAGAAUCAAGGAAUUAUAUUCAAUCGUCAAAUCUUAAUUCAGAGAGUACUUUACAAAAUAAUGAAAAUACUAAUUCGUAUGAAAUAUCCAAUACAAUUGUAAAUACAUCAUCUAAUUCAAGAUCAGAUUUUACUGCAACAAUCGAAAAUAAUACAUACGUACGUAGUUUAGAAUCAGAUUCGGAAGAUAUAGGAGUUUUGAAUACCAGAUUGCAAGAUGUAUCUUUUAACGAUCAAAAUAAUGUGGACUCAAUUUAUACAUUGAGAAACGAUAGAGAUAAUUACGCAGAGAUUCAUACUUCUCGUAAUUCCAGGCUUCUGGAUGGAGCAGAUGGACCGAAUACCGUUUGCGGUACAGAUUUAGAUUUAUUGCAUAGAUGUGCAUUAAAUUCAAGAGUUGAUAAUUCCCCAGUACGUAUGGGUAUUCGGGAAGCUCCUGAUGGGGAAGAAGGUUUUCAACCUCAAACUUUAACACCUUCUCAAACUUUAUCUAAUUUUCCAGUAUCUGUAAGAACUACUACGGAUAAUAAUUCAUUACAAAGAGAGGAUAUCAAUUUAAUAGGUUCUACCGAAUUGAGAGAAAAUGCUUCCUUUGAAGUUAGAAUUCCAGAAUGGAUAUCGAGACCAAAUAUACGAACACUGUCUGUAGUCUUUAAUGAACGAGCUUUGACUCAUUUGAAUGAAAUAUUAGAAGAUAAAGCAGAAGAAGAAAGAAGAGCCAUCGAGAGUGUUCUUCGAGAAGAUCCACGAUCGGUAUAUUUGAGACAAAGAUGGGGAAAUCAGUUUUAUACCUUUUUAAUUCAUAAUUUACAUAUUACUUGUAAAUUUGAUGAUAGUAGGGGUGUAGUAACUGUCUUUCAUGUACGUCAUGCAGGACGUGUUUGUGAAUGUGGACAACCAGAAUGGCAAUGUUUAGGCCAUUCGCCUAUAUCUUAAUAUACACGAUAUAUAUAUAUAUAUCGUAUUUUAUUUAUAUAUUACAUUUUCGUACCUCUAACAGGCAUCGUCAGAUGAUUAAUAGUACGACAGAGAGAAACAUAUUAAUAAGAACUUGAGUUAUAUAUUCUUUAUGAAUUUUGUUAUUCAAAGUUUAUGACAAAGUUGUUCACUUCUUCGUUCUUUCCCUAUAUAUACAUGUGUGUAUAUAUACAUAUAUAUAUAUAUAUGUAUAUAUAUGUAUAUCACCACAUCUAUUGUUGCAAUAUAUAAGUUCCUACGCGUGUCUUUCGUUUUUUACAUUUCAUUCAUUAUAAUUUAUUAUAUAUGGAAAAUAUAUAAUACUUUAGACGCAAUAAUGUACAUUAUUGCAAUUCUGCCACAGAAUGAUAUUCCAACAUUCUUUGUUUCUAUAUCAAAAUAAUUAACAAAUAAUAAAUGUAUUAUGUAUA